GCUAAUUGCCAGCAUUGCAAGCCGGUGAUCCUGAAGUGGCAGCCGGCAAAGAAGAGACAAAGGCACUGCAUCAGGACACCAUGCCUUUCUUUGAUGUACAGAAAAGGCUGGGCCUUAACAUAUAUCGUGGGCUGACAAUCCAAAGUGCUGAACAGCCCUACAGGAUUCCUGCUCAAUGACAUGCUUUUGAAACAGAAUGAAUAGAGUGUGCACACGGAAUUAGUGGUAUCCGGGCAGAGAAAGAGUGCAAGACAAAAUUUGAUGAUUUUGUUGAAAGUCUGCUUUGGCACAAAACAAUGAGACAUGUGAGUACCAUCAAGAAGCAGAAAGAUAAGCUGGUAAAGGGAGGGAAGUACACUCCUCCUCACCACCUGGGCAAGGGGGUGCCUAGGCCCUGAACAGAGAGCAGCAGCUAAUGGCUGGAGGCUGAUUUUCAUGUUCUCCUCCACUGGAAAGAUUAUUUAUCAGUGUGUAAAACCUCUUUGUCAGUGUGUAAAAAUAAAGGAUUGCUCCAUCCUAAAAAAAAUAAAUAAAAGCUAAUUGCCAGGGACUUUCCAAAAGUGAUUAAAGAUGUCAACUUACAUAUUUAACA